UUCAAGAACCCAAAGAGAUGGCAUCUCCGGAAGGAAUAGGCGGAAAUCCUGACGGAAAUCUGACAUUUCCGGCGGUCAACGCCGACGGCGAAUUAAAUCCCCGCAAAGCCCAAGACUUUCCGGUCGACCCUAUCUCCUCAAAUGUGGCCACAUCUAAGGCCAUCAAGGAUGAAGUUGAGGCCAAAGAAAAGAAGGAUGCAGUGAAAUCAGCUUUGAUUGUUUCGGGUGUGCUUGUGGCGGUGAUCGCAGCCAUCUUUGCCGUAUCUAGGAAGUGGAAAGAGACAUAAUCCAACGGCCAGAAAUGAAGUAAUCUUGAAAUUCGGCCCUUUUUUGUUAUCGUUUUUGUUUUUUUUUGUUUUUUUGUUUUUUAAAAAUUUUUGUCCUUGUUGUUGUAAUUUCGAUGAUACUUUUAAGAGUUUUAUAUCCAUAUUGUGGAUCCGACUGACCCGAUUAGGGCAAGUUCCGGAAUCUUAAAUCAUGCUGUCUACA